GGAUUAUAAAGGCGCGAGCAGAGUCACGGGCUCAGAGCGCACCCAGCCGGCGCCGCGCAGCACUGGGACCCUGCUCGCCCAGCAGCCCAGCCAGCCUGCUCCGCAUCCGCCUGCUGGUCUGCCCGCCGACCUGCGCGCCCUCGCUGCCGCCCGUGUGCGCCCCUCGACCCCAGCGGCACCAUGCAUCUCUCCCAGCUGCUGGCCUGCGCCCUGCUGCUCACGCUGCUCUCCCUCCGGCCCUCCGAAGCCAAGCCCGGGGCGCCGCCGAAGGUGGGUGCUGUCGUGGGGACGCCGAGCCUGGGAGAGGCGUGGGAGGCUGGGGGCUUGGAGAAUGCGGCGCGCAGGACCCAGGAGAGAGGGAAGGCAGGCGGCUGUCUCCUCCAAGAUGCGCGUGGGCGAGAGCCGGGGAGCCCUCGAAGCGCGGAUUCGGGGGUCCACUUCUCCAGCCUCCGGAGAACAUCGGCCCAUGCGCAGCCCCCUACCCCAGUGUGGCCUGCCCGGCGAGCAGCAAAGGGAGGGCAGGGGGCUUCCGGAGGGAGCGGCGAAGGCGGCCGCGUGGCAGGUGGAUGCGGGGCCAAGCUGGCCGGCAUCGGUGGGGGCGGCUCUGGGCUUGGGAGGGACACCCCGCGCCGGCGGGCGCGUGGGGCUGGAGCAUCAGAGUCCCCCGUGCUGCAGCCGCGUGUCCCUUCACCUGCCCGCUCUUUCCUCGGACAGGUCCCGCGAACCCCGCCGGGAGAGGAGCUGGCCGAGCCGCAGGCUGCGGGCGGCGGUCAGAAGAAGGGCGACAAGGCUCCCGGGGGCGGGGGCGCCAAUCUCAAGGGCGACCGGUCGCGACUGCUCCGGGACCUGCGCGUGGACACCAAGUCGCGGGCAGCGUGGGCUCGCCUUCUGCAAGAGCACCCCAACGCGCGCAAAUACAAAGGAGCCAACAAGAAGGGCUUGUCCAAGGGCUGCUUCGGCCUCAAGCUGGACCGAAUCGGCUCCAUGAGCGGCCUGGGAUGUUAGUGCGGCGCCCCCUGGCGGCGGAUCGGGAACUGGCUCCGUUGUGCUGAGGUCAUCUUUGGUCAUCAGCCUCCAGCAUCUGGAAACACCUCCAACGCAAUGUGGCUUUUACAUUUCUUUCUUUCUUUCUUUCUUUUUCCUGGUACUGGGAAUACACAACACCAGCUGUUUUAUUAUUAUUUGGGGAGGGGGUUGUGAUUUUAUUAUUUGUUUUUUUAAAUGAAAAAUAAAAAGUUAUAUAUUAUAUAUAUAUUAUAUACAUGAAACACACACACCUACACCGACUUGAUGACAAGGGACAGUUUUUAAGAGACUGACAGAACCAGCUGUAAAACAUUGCUGUUUGUAAAUUCAUGUCAUGCAUAAAUGUAUUUAUGUUGUAAAGCUAUUUAUAUUGUUUAUAAAGAGAUAUUUAUAAAAAUUUUAUUUAUGUAACUAAAUGAAAGAAGUCAAUCAUUGUAAUGUUUUUGUCCUAACUAGUUUAAAAAAGUAAAAAAAAAAAGUCAUUCCAUGAA